CCACUUCCGGUUAGUGUUUACUGGCAGCAUGCUUCUAAACGACUUCUUCACCUUCCAGCGGGCUGAUUAUAGCUCAUUUGAGCAUUGCUGCGUGCCUCUGUGCAACUCGUCCAGCAAGUACGACACAACUCUCACUUUUCACAAGUUCCCCCCGGACCCGGAGCUCAGGAGGACAUGGAUCGAGUCCAUCCAGAGGGAGAAGCUGCAUGUGAGCCGCUUCAGCCGGGUGUGCAGCCGCCACUUCACCGGGGAGGACUUCCAGGAGAACGGACGGCUGCUGAAGCCGGGAGCCGUUCCGGUGCUGUUCGAGUGGAACCAGUACUCUGUUUCUGGAGUGGUGGAGGCGGACGGACCGGUGGACGGACCGGUGGAGGAGUCUGAAGCCUUCCUAACGGAGCACAACUACGCUCUGGCUUCGGAAACCGAGCUGAAGGAGCGGAUCGAACGGCUCACCGGGGGGCAGAAGUUCGGCCUCCAGCGGUUCGCCGGCUCAGACGAAGACAUACAAUUUUUCACAAGGUUUGCCUCCUAUGACCUCCUCAUGGGCUUCUGGACAUCAAUAGAGCAUUUUGUUCCACUGGUGGUCAGCAUGAAGAGCUCACAAAGAGACAUCCUCUCAGAUACAAGUGUACCAGCAGUUCCUUCUCUGCAGCCCAUCGAUGAGAUGUUUUUGCUUCUGAAUUAUUUAGCGCUGGGUUCCAAACUGAAAGACCUCGCUGACAGAUAUGGAAUCCAGCCGUCUACAGUCAGUCAGAUCAUCACGACAUGGAGUAACUUUUUGUACACUGUCCUGGGAUCAGUAAACAUCUGGAUACAAGAGGAGAAAAUAAGGGAACAUUUACCAGCGGAGUUUGAGGAAUAUGCCGACACUACGGUCAUCCUGAGCUGCAUGGAGCUGAGAUACCAGCGUCCUUCCUCGUCUCUGCUGGACGGUGAAGACCUCUCCACCCAGUCUACCUCCCGCUGUACGCUCAAAGGCCUGUUUGGAGUUGCUCCUCAUGGCGCUGUCACCUUCAUCUCCCAGCUGUUUGCCGGAUCCGUCGGUGACGACCACCUGAUACGAGAGUCUGGAAUUCUGACCCUGCUGAGACCUGGGAUGGGCGUCAUGGUGGACCAAGGCUUUCCGGUGGAUGACUUAGCACGGUGUAAAAUCUACAUGCCGGCGUUCCUCUCUCUCAGGUCCCGGAUAUCUGGCCGUGAUGACAGGGAGACGCUGGCCGGCGUGCACGUGGAGCAUCUUAUAGGCAGAGUGGAGGACCACAGGUUCUUUGACACAGAGAUCCCACUGCAGCUGUUAGGCAACAUUAACCAGCUGUAUACUGUCGCAUGUCUCCUCACGAACUAUGAGAAUGGACUUCUGGGAAAGGCUGAUGCAGAGAGGCCGGUGUAGGACUCAAACCGGACAUAUUUACAGAUAAACGUUACACAAAGACGGUGUAUUACAAAGUUAUGCAAAGUCUGAAAAUGAGCAGUUUAUCUUUGAUUUCAUAUCAUUUCUGUUUGAAAUACGUUCAUUUUUUGCAACUUUACUUGUAUGAUCAACUUUUCGCUCACCCGUCAGUUGUUCUUAGUUAUGGUGCUUUCAGGGACAUUAAAACACAGAGACUAUAAUCCUGCAUCUUUAUUACACAGUCCAUCAUUUACUGUACAGGCUGGGUCAAAAGUAGGUUUACAGUUGUUUCAGUAUUUGUUUCAUGUUUUAGAUCUAAUUUAUCCAAACCAGUAUUCCAUAUCCCUUAUUCACAUUUUGGAAAUGUUAUAAAGCUAUUUCUUCCAGUUUUGGUUGUGAUUUUUAUGUUUUUUAAUUUUUAAAAUUUUUUUUUACAGGGAUUGUGAGCAAUGACAAACAAAUGAAAUAAAGAGCAAAGAAAGUGGAGACUGAAGCAGUACUGGAAGUGUGAAAAUGCAGAGCAGGUGCUCACAUCAUGGCUAGGAGCCUUUAACACUCCUCACCUUCACACCAGGCCAUUUAUCACAUAAGAAAUAAAUCUGAACGCACAGGUUUGGUGGUUGAUUAACCAAAAUCCUACCUACUAAGUGUAAGCCUACUGUUGGCCCAACACAUCAUGUCCAAUUUUAAAAGAUCAGUUAUAGAAUAUUGUUGUACAAGCUCUUAACAGCAAUGUGCCACUUAUCUAACAUUUCUGUUCCAUCUGAUAUCUGUUUGUAACAGAAAUGGAACAAUUUAGAAUCAACACAAAAUCUGAAACGCAUUGUUAAAAUAAUGAUCUGUUCUUAGAGCCUGUUGCACAUCUGGAAGGUAACCAAUCCAAACCAAUAUCUGGAACGAGCUGUACUUAUUAAUAGAUUUUUUUUUUUACCACGUUUGUGUUUGUACUUGUCACUUCUGCCUAUCCAGGUAAGUGGUGUGGAGGUAAAAAUAAAAACAAAAUUGCUUUUUUUAAA